AUGGGGAUCGUGCGUUUCCUGAAGACUCGGACUGGGUUCCGGGUCGAUAAUAGCAGAACCACCUCUGCCGCCACCCUUACGUUGCGCCAGAGUAUCUGGCCCUUAACUCUAGUCACCAUACUCUUCUUUCUAUGGGGAUUCGCCUAUGGUCUACUAGACACACUUAACAAGCAUUUCCAGAAUACCAUGCAUAUCACUCGUACACGUUCUUCUGGACUCCAGGCAGCCUACUUUGGUGCUUAUCCACUGGCGUCCCUUAGCUAUGCGAACUACAUGCUCCGUCAUUUCGGCUACAAGACUGUUUUCGUUUUCGGCCUGACUCUAUAUGGUAUCGGCGCUCUCUGCAUGUGGCCUGCAGGCUUGCAUCGCUCAUUCGGAGGCUUCUGUGCAGCCACUUUUGUUAUUGGCUCUGGCCUGGGGUCUCUGGAGACGGCUGCCAAUCCAUACAUAACUGUCUGUGGUCCACCCAGAUACGCUGAAAUCCGAAUCAAUCUUGCCCAGGCUUUCAACGGCAUCGGAGCCUGCGUGGCGCCAGUGCUAGCUUCAUAUGUCUUCUUCACCUCCGUGGGCGAUGAUGUCAAUGCCCUCAAGCGCGUUCAGUGGGUUUAUCUCGCAAUUGGCAUCUUUGUCUUCAUCCUCGCGGGUAUUUUCUUCAUCUCUUCGAUCCCCGAAGUGACAGAUGAGGACAUGGCCUUUCAGGUUGCCGAGACACACGCGGACGAGCAGGAAAAGCCACUCCGGAAGCAAUAUAAGCUCUUCCAUGCUACGCUGGCACAAUUCACUUAUACAGGCGCACAAGUUGCUAUCGCAAGCUAUUUCAUCAAUUACGUUACCGAGACCUGGCCCGGAACUUCUAGCGCCACAGCUUCCAAGUAUCUUGCCGGUGCCCAGGGUGUCUUUGCUGUCGGUCGCUUCGUCGGUGCCAUUAUCAUGAGAUUUGCAAAAGCCCGUUGGGUGUUCUUAGUUUAUCUCUCCUGCACUGUUGCAUUCAUCGCUGCAUCAAUAACGCAACAUAACCGGACAGGAGUCGCAAUGCUCUUCUGUACCCUCUUCUUCGAAUCUGUCUGUUUCCCAACGAUUGUCGCGCUUGGUAUAUGCGGCCUGGGUAGGAACUAUAAGCGGGCCUCCGGGCUCAUUGUUGGCGCUGUCUGUGGCGGAGCAGUCGUACCCCCAAUUCUCGGUCGAGUGGCGGACGCACGGAACACGGGCUUCGCUAUGAUUGUGCCGACCUUGUUUUUCGUCAUUGCAUUGUCGUAUGCCUGGGCAGUGAAUCUCGUGCCUGCGUACCGCGAAACGGUGGACAAGGUUUACAUCAGUGGUGUUGGGCUUGGGGAGGAGAAUGUUAUGACUAAAGAUGUCGAGGAUGGGACCACAGCCAAGAUUGGAUAG